CUUUAUUUAUAUUCUAAUGGAGUUAAAAAAAGUUGUUGUUAGUGGAUCAAACGGAUUUAUAGGGAGUAGCUUAGUAAAAGAAUUAUUAUUAUUAAAGAAAUAUUUGGUUGUAGGGUUGGUUAGAGAUAAAAAUCAAUUUGAAAAAUUUAAUUUUUUAAAAGAUUUGGAAGGGGCAGAUGAAAGACUUUUAAUUGAGGAAUGUGGAGAUUUGGGUAGUGGCUAUAAUUUUGAAUGCUAUAAUAAUUGUUUUAAAGGUGCCUAUGCAGUAUUUCAUACAGCAUCACCAUUUGUAUUGUAUCCAGAUGAUAUAUAUAAUGAUCUUUUCAAACCAGCAAUUGAAGGUAAUUUAAAUUUAUUAAAAGCAGCUUUGAAUAACCAGUCAACAAUAAAGAAAGUAAUAAUGAUAUCAUCAACGGCAACUAUUGUUAAUGAAUUACAGGUUCAAGAGGUCUUCACAAACGAAGAUUGGUUCGAUGGAAAGGGAUUACCAUUUCAAUAUGUAGAAAGUAAAUAUUUAUCAGAGAAGGCAUGUAUUGAUUUUGUAGCUGCUCACCAAGAUGAAAUAAAAUUCGAAGUGAUAAGAAUCAAUCCACCUUUGAUAACAGGUGCUCCCAUUGAUAAUUUUCCAUCUAAUAGUUGCUCAUUCUUUUUAAAUAAUCUCAAAGAAAUUAUUGCUGAUAAAACACAAGACCCAAUGUACUAUUGUAGAACUAUUGUUAUGGCUGAUAUAAAGGAUGCAGUUAAGUACUUUAUCAAUGCUUUAGAAUCGAAACAAUCACUACACAUGGAAAGAAUUUUAGUAGGUGAUUCUAAUCGAUCACGAUCCUUUAAAGAAGUCAGUGACACUAUAAAAUCCCAAUUCCCCUCCUUAAUCAUAACCCAAAACAUUUUUUCUGACCAAACUUUACCCAAAAUGCCACACUAUACAUUAGUAUCAAAAGGUUCCAAACUUAUAAAUGAAUCGUUAACUCCUUUUACAAAAUCUAUUAACGAUUCAGUAAACUAUUUAAUAAACAAACAGAUUAUAAAACUAAAUUAAAUAAAUCCUUAUUAAAAGAAUUUAAAAUAUAGUUUUUUUAAAU